CAUUUCGGAGAACUAGCUUUUAUUCUUGUUUUGAAGACGCAAGCUCGGUUUAACACAUGGUAGUGCAAUAAACCAGCGGCAGGGCAUGUGCUCCUGAGUAUUUUCAGAUGCAUUUCCUUGAUAAAAAACGUGAUCUAGUCUGAUAGGUUAUGUGCAAUUACAGAACUCGAGUGAGCUCACCUAAUAAGAUUAGUAGACUACGGUAUCGUGUGAACUGAGGUCGCAAGCAAAUAGACUAUUAUUCUACUGAUUAAGUUUGUUCUAGAGCACUUUUUCGCGAAUUGGAGGCAUUCUGUCUUCUUCAGAGUUGACGCAUUGAGUGCGUCGUACUUUCAAUGCCGGAUUCGUCUUUCUGAGCACGAGGAUAUUAUUGUUUAAUCCCAGAUCGCAAUCAUUCGUAACUUGUACGUUGGUGUAUCUGUAUGAAUAGUUCAUUUGAUUUAGGGUUUUCCCGCAUUUGGAAGUUUUAAAGGUUCGGAGAAGCGUUUCUAAGUUGCAGCUGGGUUUUAGAGUUGUGCUGGAGCGAUUGAUGAACAGGAUGUGUGUUCGGGGUCUUCGAAGGCUUUUGUUGCACACUAUUCUGCUCAAUCUUUUUGUGUCGGCAUUGACCAAGAAUGAGUUCGAUUCUAACCCUGCAAACGGGGUUGAAGAAACGAGAGUGGUGAAAGUGGAUGGAGGACCUCCGGGAGUGGUGUGGGUGGUGCAAGUGUCGGAUAUUCAUAUCAGCAGAUUGGUGCCGGAGCGAGGACGAGCGUUAAGGAGAGCCCUUGGGCAUGCUCUGCAACUUAUCAAACCCGCCAUUGUUUUGAUCUCAGGAGACCUCACAGAUGCAAAGAUAGAGAAAUCAGCAAGCGGGCAAGAUGAGGGAGAGUGGGUUGAGUAUCGAGAUUCUAUGGCGAAAGUAGCAGAUGAUAGUGGUAUCCCACUGGAGAGAUUUUACGAUCUGCGUGGAAACCAUGACAAAUAUGGAGUGCCGCCUUCUAGCACGCUCAAUUACUUCUCAAAAUAUAGUAUUAGCGCAGCGUUCAAUCGCAACAGGCUUGUACAGAGCGCUACUGUUGAGGGAGGAGAUAGUCAGAAACAUUUGUUUGUUGGCUUUGAUGAUUCCAUGACUGUUGGGCUGCGUGGCCCCUCAAACGCAUUCGGUCACCCCACAGAUGAGCUUCUACAGCAGCUGGAUCUGGAGCUUCGGCGCGGGGGGAAUGCAACCACUAAGAUCGUCUAUGGACAUUAUACGAUGUCCUUUACAACAUCUACUGAAACGGGGAAGCGUCCCGAAGAAGUGAUGGCAAACAAUAACGUGGUAGCGUAUCUUUGUGGGCAUCUGCACACAAAAUUUGGCCGCCGCCUCUAUAAACGCCAUAAUAUUGGUGACAAGGGAUUUUGGGAGUGGGAAGUAGGCGAUUGGCGUACGAGCCGGGUUUUGCGCGUGUUGGCCAUUGACAAUGGCCACACUUCUUUUGUGGAUGUUGAGUUGUUGCCACCGACGGACAAAUCUCAAGCGGCCUUCAGUAUGCCUACGUUCAUUCUUCAAACUUACCCUCUCGAUUCUCGCUUCAUGCUUCAGAGUGGUGAGAAUACCAAGGUGGUGUCGGAUUCGAUCAGAGCUCUUGUAUUUGCCGAAACCAUACCAGUCACUGUGACAGUUAGAAUUUAUGACUUCACCGUGAAUCCGCCUAAGCUGGUAAACGAAAGCUCCAUGGAGCUCCACAAAGGCGAUGAACCUUCAACUGGAGCAUAUUACUAUACUGCUCCUUGGGAGUCCGCAAGAUAUCAUCAUACUGGCGCUGGAUUCAAAUAUGCCAUGCAAAUUGAUGUGGAGGAUAUUAGAGGCAACAUCUGCCACAGUGAAAUGCGCUUCUUUUCUGUUGAAGGUGAAGUUGGUGAGUUUCAUUUGACAGCAUCCGCGUUUUUGGUUUUCGGAUUCCGCUGGGAGCAAGUCUUCCCUAUAUACCUGUGGGGCAUGAUCUCCUUCUUAGUAGCCAUUUUAUUGAUUCCCAAACUAUUCCUUUAUCACUUACAAAGACGUGGCCAGUAUGAGAAAUGGCUCAUUUCAUUAUUCGAUCCGGCCUCCUCUCCAAGAGAGGCCCUUGCGAAGAUCAUCAAGGUGCCAUUCUGGGUCAUGUUAGAAGGCGCCAGGAACUCUUCUAUUUGGGUUGGGAUGUUCACCUACGUGGUAUUUUUAAUACUCUUUCCAUGGUUUUGGGGUCGGAUACUUCCUGAUGGUUACCCGCUUGGCUAUAUGUCUGUUCGCGGGUGGACACUGAAGCCUUCCAAAGCUGAUUCUGAGCAAACUCUUUCCGGCUUGGGAGUGCCUGACAUCAUGGGAAUCGUGUUACCGUAUUUAUAUGGGGUAGUGUUGCCGCUACUGCUGUUGCUGUCGGCACUUUCAGCUGAGAAGGCGGCGUGCGAGUUUCACAUAACCAGUCUUGGAAAGAGGCAGAAGAAGACUGAGCGUGAACCUGAGGGUAUCGCUAGUAAGACAAGUUUUGAUCCCUCUCUUUUUAAAGGUGGGGUAGCAGGGCUUACCAAGGGAGGGGUUCAAGCACAUGAGCAAUUGGAAGCUCCUGUUUCCUCUGAAAUGAGGGUAAACAAGCAUGAUAAUUGUCAUCUCUGUGAGAGGCUUGUGCGCAAAGGGCUCGUUUUAGGCUGCUUGGGAGUUGCAUAUAAUCACUGGCGGUUAUGCUCAACGGUGCUGGGAGCGUAUGGACCAGUGGUAUUGGCUGGUCCAGCAUAUGCUUUGGGUGUCCCUGCUCUUUUAAUGCUUACUUUUUUCCAGACCUCGAGACUCAUGUCCAAAUCCCCUUGGCACGAACUCUGAGAUUAACGCUAAAAUGAGUCAGAAAUUUCUCCAGUAGUUGUGGAAAUCAUACUAAGGAUGGGACGAUUGUAUUAUUUCUGCGACUGCUCUGUUCGAAAGGUGGGAUGUUUAGAUUCUGUAAACAAAGGGAAUUACUUAUUUCUUUGGUGACCACCUCCCUUAAAUCCCUCACAUUUGUAAUAUAUUCGAGUUCUGUAGCUCUCUCCACGAUAUUUUGUUGGACCCAAUUCGACUGCGGUUCGUGGAGAUCUUGAAACAAAAAGCUGCUGCUCAUUCUGUCUUC